AUGGCCCCGCCCAGGCGCUGGGUCAUCACCAUGUUCUCCGCCGUCCUCGUCCUCAAUGCUCCUCACCAUCUCUCUUUUCGUCGCCGGCUAUUGCGUCGGUCCCUUGUCUGGGGCCCGCUCUCUGAGCAAGUCGGCCGGCGCCCGGUGUUCAUCGGCUCCUUCAUCGUCUACACCAUCUUCCAGGUCGCGUGCGCCGUCGCGCCCAACACCGCCGCGAUCCUCAUCUUCCGCUUCCUGGGCGGCACAUUCGCUGCGGCACCCCUGCGAACAGCGGGUACGUCAUCGUGUGCCCUUACAUAUGGGACGCGGACACGCGUGGAAGGCGCUCGCGGUGUUCACCCUCGCACCUUCGCGGGUCCGUCGCUGGGCCCGAUCGUCAGCGGCUUCAUGGCCGCGAUCUUCGCGGGGGUCUGCACGGUCGCGAUCGUCUUCUUCCUCCCCGAGACCUACGCGCCGAUCAUCCUCGUCAAGCGUGCGCAGAAGCUCCGGAAGGACACGGGCAACGACCGCUACUGGGCGCCGCUGGAACGCAACAACCUCGAGAUCCUGCCGCACAUCCGCCACGUCCUUCCGGCCUUCGUCCCUCCCACAUCGGCCAUGUCGCUGACUCUGUCCCCGCAGUUCGUCUACGGGGUCAUCUACCUCCUCUUCGAGGCGUAUCCGAUCGUCUUCACCGUCGGCCACGGCUUCAACGCCGGCCUCACUGGGCUCACCUUCCUCCCCAUCUUCGUCGGCGGCGCCAUCGGCGUCGGCGCGUACCUCCUCUUCUUCAACCCCCGCUACCAGCGCGCCAUCGCCGAAUUCGCCCCGCACCCCGUCCCACCCGAGUACCGCCUCGAGAUCUGCAUGUGGGCCGCCCCGAUCUACACCCUCUCCUUCUUCUGGUUCGGCUGGACGUCCUUCCCCUCCGUCUCCUACUGGGCCCCGCUCCUCGCCGGGCUCCCGAUGGGCGUCGCCGUCACCUUCCUCUUCCUCGGGCUCUUCAACUACGUCAUCGACGCGUACCUGUUCGUCGCGGCGUCGGCGCUGAGCGCGAUGACGGUCGUGCGCAGCCUGUUCGGGGCCGGGUUCCCGCUGUUCGCGACGCAGAUGUACGAGCGGCUGGACGCGCGGUGGGCGAGCACGCUCCUCGGGCUGCUCGCGCUCGCGAUGACGCCGAUCCCGUUCGUGCUGCGGCGGUACGGGCACCACCUGCGGCGGCGGUCGAAGUACGCGCCGACGGGGGACGGGCCGCGGAAGCCGUCGCGGCCGGCGUCGGUGGACGGGGAGAAGGCCUCGGCGUGA